AUGACCGAAGGAGCGGCCUAUAUUUGGAUCUUGGAACGGCUCUUGAUGGUCCAAGAUCUUCGGGGACCAGCCGAUGCCUACCGGGCAAUGCAGCAUAUCGACCGUCUUAGAGAGUUUGGAUCAUCUGGCAUGACUCACAUUGGCACCGAUAAUUUCUUGCGUCUUUAUGAUAAAAGGAUACAUGCCGGCAGCAAGGAGAUCGACAAGAUUCUCGAGGCGGAGAAAGGGCUCGCUUCAGAGCUUGAUAAGAAGAUGGAGCAGAGUAUGAGAGACCAAAACCAAGAUUCGGUCGAAGAGAGUUGGCUCAGCAUGCUCGUUGAUUCUAUGUCCCCAACCGAUUAUUACAACAACAGCCAUGGUGGUUUGAAUGGGAGCCUGCAACAGGGAGAGUCAAGCAUGAGCAUAACACAACUCAUCUCGGGGCCAGUCUCGAGGCCGUUCGUGAUGCAAUGA